AUGCCGCACCUGCUGCAGCCUCGCCGUGCGCUGCAGCAGCAAGAGACCCCCGCGCUGUCACACUCGUGUGUCUGCACACAGCAGCAGCAGCAACAGCAGCAGCAGCAGCAACAGCAGCAGCAGCAGCAGCUGGACAAAGAAGCGCUGCAGAGAGUCACAAGGAGACUGCAGGUGCUGCGGCUGUGUUUGCUGCAGAAGGUCCUUGUUAAGGCUCACCAGAGCUUGGACGAGCAGCAGCAGCAGCAGCAGCAGCAGCAGAAAGAGCAGCAGGAAGUGCAGCAGGAAGUGCAGCAGGAAGUGCAGCAGGCAGCGCAGCAAGAAGGGUCAGCUCUCCGCAGCAAAAGAGCUUUCAACCAGAGCACUGCAGCAACUGCAGCGGCAGCAGCAGCUGCCGCUCCAGCAGCAGCUGCUGCAGCUGCUCCCGCUGCUGCAGAAGGAGCAGCAGCAGCUGCUGCUGCUGUCUUUAGAGCUGAUAAUCCCCUUGUUGCUGCGCUGCUGCAGCUGCAGCCGCAGCAGCUGCACCACCGGCACCGCAGCCUUUGCCGCCACCUCCACUCGCUGCAUGCAUCACUGCAGCAGCAGCAGCAGCGAGAGCAGCAGCAGCAGGAGCAGCAGCAGCAGCAGCAGCAGCAGCAAGCGCGGUGGACUGCGCUGCAGAGCCUUUCAGCCCGGGAGCAGCAGCUGCUGCAGCAGGCAGCAAACAGAGUGCUGGCAGAGGAGCAGCAGCUGCUGCAGCAAAGCAACUUUCUACUGCAGCAAACCUGGCUGCGCACUUUUGCGCAGCAGGCGCUGCUGCUGCUGCCCCUGAAGGGCCCCCGUGCUGCAGCAGCAGCGCAGCUAGAGGGCCUCGUGGAGAGAAGCAGGCUGCUGCUGCAGCAGCAGCAGCAGCAGCAAAGCAGCAGCAGCUCGCUGCUGCAGCUCCCAGCGUUUGCUGCUGUUCUCGCUGCGCCGCCCCUCCCCACUGCAGCAGAAGUCCAGGCAGCAGCAGAGGCCCAAAGCAAGCAGCAGCAGCAGCAGCAGCAGCAGCAGCAGCAGCAGCAGCAGCAGCUCUUUCUGUCGACCGAAGAAGUGCUGCAGCUGCUUCCUUCGGAGCCUCCGAAGGCGCAGCAAGAGCAGCAGCAGCAUCUGCUGCUGCUGCGGAAGGCCCGGAGAAUCCUAAGGAAAGAAUGUCCUGCUGCUGCUGCAGCUCUCUCCCCGCAGCUGCUGCUGCAGCUCGUAGACCAAGCAUUUGCAUCUGCUGCUGCUGCUCGCCUGCAGAGGCUGCAAGACAGCAGCAGCAGCAGCAGCAGCAGCAGCAGCAGCAGCAGCAGCAGCAGCAAGGGACCACCUCACGGGGGCCUCGUUAGCUUGCUGCUUCGGCGUCUUCAAGAGACGCGGCAGCUGCAGCUGCUGCAGCAGAAGCUGCUGCAGCAAGAGCCGCUGCAGCAAGAGCUGCAGCAGCAAGAGCCGCAGCAGCAAGAGCUGCAGCAGCAAGAGCUGCAGCAGCAAGAGCUGCAGCAGCAGCAGGUAGCGACCGCCUCUGACGACGGUCUCCCUGAGUCCCCUAUGGCCCUCCACACAGCUGCUGCUGCUGCUGCUGCUGCUGUGUCAUCCAGCAGCAGCAGCAGCAGCAGCAGCAGCAGCAGCAGCAUUGCAAAGAGAGUGGCCAAACUGCAGCAGCUUUUCAUUGCUACAGACGCCGUGCUGCUGCAGCAGCUGGGAGCCUCAUAA